AUGGCUCGUGUCAAGAGUUUCUUCGAGAGCCGUCGUGCCACUAUGAUCGCUGGGUCUCUCCUCUUCGUCGUCGCUGUCUCUGCGACGGCGAACCCAGGAGCUGUCAAGAGACAGGCGUCUGCUACUGCGACCAAGACUGGUAUUGACUUUGAGAGCUUGACGGGCUGUCAUAUGCAUGGUCCUACUCAGUUCUGUAUGGAUGGCUCAGACGAGUAUCAGAUCGUUCUCGAGGCUACCAUGACUAAGGAUCCUCCUACUUCGUACACAGAUUGUCACAGCCACGGUUCAGACACAUACUGCAUGAAUCCCAACGGCGGAGAAGUCCAAGUCCUCGUGGAAGGUGCUACAGCCACUACCCAGGCCGCCAAAGAAACUGCUGCUGCGAAGAAUGAUGAGAUCACUGCCGUGUCAGAUUGCCACCUGAGCGAGGCUUCUCUCUACUGCAUGGGCCCCAGCUCAUCAGAGUACUACGUCCAAACUACCAUCACCAACACCGAGGAGUAUCCCGCCCAACUCACGAGCUGCCACAGCCAUGGCGAAGAAACUUACUGCAUGUCCGACGACGGCGAAGCUCCCAUCCUCCCAGCCGAAGAUGUCGAAUCCGGUAAAGCAGACCCUCAGCAAGAACAUUGCCAUUUCCACGCCGGCGUCGAGCACUGCGUUGGCGGUGGCUCCGAAGAGAGCGGUACGCGAGACUGCGGUCGUAAAGACAGAGACUACAGGAUUGGCAUUCGCAUAGGAAUGUUGUUCGUCGUUCUGGUCGCCAGCGCUGUUGGUGUCUUUGGACCGAUCCUCAUGUCGACGUUUGUUCCCGUGCGAUCCAACCUUGUCCUCACGAUUCUCAAGCAAUUCGGUACUGGAAUUAUUAUCUCCACUGCUUUUGUUCACUUGUUCACCCAUGCGUCCAUGAUGUUUGGUAACGAAUGUCUGGGCGAGCUGCAAUACGAAGCUACCACUGCUGCUAUCGUCAUGGCUGGUCUCUUCAUUUCGUUCCUUAUCGAGUUCUGUGUUCAGCGCGCUAUGCGAUGGCAGUUGACCAAGAAGACCGAAACCGAUUCGGCUUACUUGUCGCCCAAGGCUAUUGAGAAAGCCGAGAUGGCCAACAUUAGCAUCAUGGAAGCUGGUAUCAUCUUCCACUCGAUUCUCAUCGGAAUCACACUUGUUGUAGCAGGAGACUCCUUCUUCAUCACCCUCUCAAUCGUCAUCAUCUUCCACCAGCUUUUUGAAGGUAUCGCCCUCGGUACACGAAUCGCCUCGCUUGGCUAUGGUCAAAUACCCCUCGCCCUAAGUCACUCUCACUCGCACUCUACACCACCUCCAACCGUUGAACGAACUGGAACAUCUACUGUACCUCUGUGGAAGAAACUCGUCCUUGCUUCUGGCUUCGCCAUCGUCACCCCCAUCGGCAUGGCCAUUGGUAUCGGUGUUCUGAACGUCUUUAACGGAAACGACCCUGCUACCUUGAUCGCGAUUGGCACUCUGGAUGCUUUGUCCGCUGGCAUCCUUGUCUGGGUUGGUCUGGUUGAGAUGUGGGCUCAUGACUGGAUGCUGGGAGGUGAACUCACCGAUGCUAGCCUCCUUACUACGCUUUUGGCUCUAUUUGGUUUGGUUUGCGGCAUGGUUCUCAUGAGCUUGCUUGGAAAGUGGGCUUAA